CCGGAAGUCGUCACAGCUGUUCCGCCUUAAAGAAGUUCAGUGUUGCUGCUGCUGCCGAGACAAACCGCUGAAAUAUCACCGUUAUCGAUUAAACUCAGCUAUCGAUCAUUGAUUAAUUAGCAUGUAGUGGAAACAACAACGCGUCGAAUUAGCGUCGAAGUCUGCGGCUUCAUAAACCGUUAGUCGGUUCGAUAGAAACGUUAUUCUUUAUUUUUAACGAUUCAUUUUAAUUUUCACGUGGAUUUUAUCUGGAUUAACUUUAAAUUAUCUGGAUUAACUUUAAAUUAUCUGGAUUAACUUUAAAUUAUCUGGAUUAACUUUAAAUUAUCUGGAUUAACUUUAAAUUUAAAUGGAUGAGCACAAGGAGAACAUUAACGCUGAGGACGUCAAUGUGAAGAUGUCCAACACCAGAGAGGAGGAAAAGGCAAAGCCUUGCAGCAGGAUCUGUCCUGAUGGAGAACCUGCUUCUCAGGUGUCCCCGCCUCAGUCCCACAGUGACUUCAGUCAUCCGGUGUACAAAGAGAUCGCCGUGGCUAACGGACACAUCAACCGCAUGUCCAAGGACGAGCUGCGGAUCAAGCUGGCAGAGCUGAAGCUCGACACGAGAGGUGUGAAGGACGUGAUGAAGAAGCGGUUGAAGAGUCACUAUAAGAAGCAGAAGCUGAUGCAGACGGCUGCUGACGGAGGACCCACAGACACCUACUACGACUACAUCUGCGUGGUGGACUUUGAAGCAACGUGUGAAGAGGAUAAUCCUGCAGACUUCCUGCAUGAGAUCAUUGAGUUCCCCAUGGUUCUUAUCAACACCCACACCUUAGAAAUUGUGGACUCCUUUCAGGAAUAUGUGAAACCAGAUUUGAACCCACAGCUUUCAGACUUUUGUGUGAAGUUAACAGGAAUAACACAGAAAAUGGUGGAUGAAGCAGAGCCGUUCUCAGACGUCCUGCAGCGAGUCGUCGCUUGGCUUCAGGAGAGAGAACUCGGCACAAAGUACAAAUAUGCCAUUCUAACUGACGGGGCCUGGGACAUGAGCAAGUUCCUCAACAUCCAGUGCAGAAUCAGCCGCAUCAGAUAUCCGCAGUUCGCAAAGAAGUGGAUCAACAUUAGGAAAUCAUACGGGAACUUCUACAAGGUCCCCCGCACUCAGACCAAGCUGAGCACCAUGUUGGAGAAGUUGGGUCUGAAGUACGAAGGCCGUCCUCACUCGGGGCUCGACGACUCCCGGAACAUCGCCAGGAUCGCUCUGCGCAUGCUGCAGGACGGCUGCCAGCUGCGCGUCAACGAGCGCAUGCACGCCGGCCAGCUGCUGUCGGUGCCCGGCUCCGCCCCCGUGGAGGGAGCUCCGCCUCCUCAUACGCCCCGCAGCCGGGACUAGACCCGAGAAUAUUCCCCCAGGAGUUACAGGAAGGAAAAGAUCCAAAGCACUUUCACAGCCUUCACGUCAAGUUGUACAUUUGUUGUUGUGGAGUUAAAAGCUGCAGGUUAAAGGUGUAAAUGGAGUCAACGUUUGAUUUGAGACUCCUGUUUGUGUGAAAGUUCCUCUCUGACCACAACUUCAUAUAUUUUUACACCAGAUGUCUAAAAACAGAGAUCAUUCCAGUUGUGGGAGGAUUUUCUGCCUUAUUGAGCUGCUAAUGUUCAUCAGUUAGAUGCUCAUUGUCCUGUAAGAAGUUGUAUUUUUAUUUGAGGUUUUGCUUCCAAGAAUACGACCCGAGGGAGAAAAAAAAGAAUUGUCACUUUUUAAAUGUCAGAACCCAUAUCUGUAAGAAUUGUGCCAAUAGUAUCAACACAUGAACCCACAGAUGUUUCUGCUGCUAUUGUUUAAAGUGCUACAUGAAUAAUAACAGAGCCAUAAAAUCACACUGUAAAGUAACAAGUCUGUUAUCUCAACGUUAUAAAAACAGUACAUGUGUUAAUUUGAUGAAUUAAUUGAUGAAAAGCUGAACACAAGUCUUAUCUGUUGUAAGAACUUUAAGAGUUGAUCCUGUGUCGGAGGAUUCUGUCAUCUUUUGUAAUAUUGAAUUCAUUUUUAUUUCACGGAGGAUGCUCUAUUUUAACAGGAACAAAUAUUCUUCUGAAUGCCAAAUGAAAAUAAAUAUGUUCUUGUAAAUAA